CUGAAGAAACAAGCCUGCUGUGACGUCACAACAGUUGAAUAGACUACUUGGUUGCCGAUUCGUUGUUGGUGAUGGUGUUUUGUCUGUCAGCUGCGCUUUAAAAAAUAUACUGGACUCGGAACGAACAAAGAAUAAAGUUUACACUCCGUUGCAUCUAAACCUUUGUUUUUAAAGUAAAAGUUAUGGAGGAAUAAUAUCAAUUUGGAUUCAAACAAUUCAUUUCGCUGGCAAUGGAGAAUUGGGAUGCCAAUGUAGAAGUGGCGGAAGAGGGAUUUUCAUUUGAAGACAGCGACCGAUUUGAUGAUGAAUCUAUUUGCUCAUGGAUGAGCGAAACUGAAAGUUUUUGCACGAAUUGGAGAGGCUGGAGAAGACAGAAUUGUUCAUUGGUUGUUUCCAAUGGCAACCUUAGCAACAAUGGCACAGUUACUUCCUUGAUGGAGUUAUGUGCACAAGCUGUUGCCAUUCAUAUUCCAUUCGAACAAGUUGAAGAGGUUUAUAAACUUGUGCCAGAGAAUGUUCAACUUCGAAUUGCUUUCUGGAGCUUUCCAGACAAUGAAGAAGAUAUAAGAUUAUAUUCAUGUUUGGCAAAUGGCAGUCCAGAUGAAUUUCUCCGAGGAGAACAACUUGUUCGUGGCAAAUGUGUCCGAAAUGUUCUUCAAAUUGGUUUUCAUCUUUGCGCCAACGUUGUCCCACCUGUUAAUGCUGUCAACAAGAAUCCAUGUUCCGUGGCCGUGAUGUUUGAUAGACGAAGAAUAACUUCAUGUAGUUGCAACUGUGGCUCUAGUGCUAAGUGGUGUGCACAUGUUGUUGCACUUUGUCUUAUUCGGAUUCAACAGCCUCUAUCUGUUUGCAUGAGAGCCCCGGUAUCAGAAUCAUUGUCGAGAUUACGAAGAGACCAGCUGCAGAAAUUUGCUCAAUAUCUGAUCAGUGAGCUUCCACAGCAGAUACUUCCAACUGCACAAAGAUUGUUGGAUGAAUUGUUGUCUUCACAAUCUACUGUCAUUAAUAGAUUAAGUGGAGCACCAGACCCAACAGCUGGUCCCAGCAUGUCUGAUAAAAGUCUUUGGUUUUUGGAUGAGCACGCUCUCAAUGACAACAUUAAAAAGGCACUCGUCAAGUUCUGUGGUCCUACCCCGAUAGUGUACAGUGAUGUUAAUUCACUUUAUUUAUCAUCAACUGAACCACCAGCUGCAGCUGAAUAUUCAAGUUUACUACGACCAUUGCGUGGAAGAGAACCGGAAGGGAUUUGGAAUUUGUUGAGUAUUGUUCGUGAAAUGUUAAAACGUCGUGAUUCAAACGCCAUUCCAUUGUUGGAUAUUGUGACUGACCAAUGCCUUGCGUUUGAACAGGUUGCAGUGUGGUGGUACAAUACACGAACAUCAUCAUCAUAUUUACAAAGUGGAUCAGGUUCACAUUCAAGUUCACACCGACCUUCUAACAAUAUCAGUUCAGAGAUUGCCCAACAUGCAGCAGCCAGUAUGUGUGACGAGAUCGUUGCAUUGUGGAGAUUGGUUAUUCUUGAUCCGGGCUGCAAAUCAUCUGCUCGGAAAAAUGAAUUGAAAGCACGUCUUCUACAUUUUCAUGACAAAACACUGGAAAUUAUAAAGCGGGGAAAAUACAAAGAAAGUCAUCUUCUCUUGUUUGAGGGUUUCAAACCAGCAAUAGCUUUCUGUGAUUUUGAUUGGGACACUAUAUCUAUUAAUCUAUGUUCACACAUUGUGCAUAAGAAGUGUCAGUCUAAAGUAGUAGAGCCACCCAACACAAUAAAUGCACCAGAAGAGGGCCUUCUAACAAACGAUAAUUUGUGUGGUCCUGGCACUCCUGGCAAAGCAUUUUGCAAGUCACUCUCCCACCAACCAACCAUCAACAAAACCGUAAAAUGCAACAAACCCCAUUCAUCAUUACAAAAACAAGAUAAUGGAAGUGGUAGUGAUGAUUCUUGUAUAGAGAGAGAUUUUGAAAGUCUGCACAUAAGUCCCGUAACAUUGGAAGAGUCUCCUCUCGACUUUACAUCAGAUGAUGGAUCAUCUGCUUGCUCUCCUGUACAGUUCACCAUGUCUUCUGAGGAUGAUUAUGAAAACAGCACAAUUAACAAUAUUCCUGGGUUAAAAUCCAACAUGAAACUAUCAAUAAAAAAACAAAAUGAAGCAACACCCACAAACAAUGAAGCUUCUACAAGUAGUAAAGUUUCAACACAAAUUGAGCCACCAAGUGAAGAAGAUAACGAAAUGAUGAAAUACCGCCAAGAACUUGAUGCUAUUUUUACAAGGGCAGAAUCAUUAUACACACAUGGUAGAUCAAGAGAGGCGUGUGAGCUUGCUGUGAAGUUAGCCGAAGAAAUUCUUGCACAACCAGAUGAGUUAAUCAAGGAACCACAAUCUCUACAAAAUAAUAAGAAAGCUUGGAUCAAACUGAGCACGUCUUAUGCUUGUAAAUCACUUGAGCGAGCUCUGUUCUUGUGCAAUGUCUUACUGGAACACCAGCGUCACCACACAUUGGCUUUUCGUGUUGGUUUGCAAGGUUUGGAACUUAAACGUCUCCCAGCAAGCAGCAAAGCAUUAGAGGUUAAGUUAUUUUAUCAGCAAGGAGAAUUGGCAAACUUAAUGAAACGAUUACCACUUGGUCAACGUGAAGUUUUAAAACUUUGUGAGAAAGCGAAUGUUCUCGCAAAUAUUGAGGCAACUCAUGACUUUCAACAUGUUCUCCCACUCAUGCUAACAACUUUCAUAUUCGAUGCAUUCUGUCAAACAGUAACUUCACAAAGUGGCCGCACUGCUUCGAACAGUUCAAGACGAGAAAUUACUUCAAAUGAGCAAGAAGUUGGUUUUGCAGCUGCUGUUGCUGCUCUUGGGUUCAAGAUCAAUGUGUCUGAAGCUGAGCAUCCACUGCUAUGUGAAGGAACACGCAAACAAAAGGGUGAACUUGCAUUACAAAUGCUUCUUCUGUAUAAAGAUCAGCGACACAAAUUAAGAUUGAUUAUCGACAGUUUACUUGACAAGACUCUUUCAUCAAACCUUCGUGCUUCAUCGGCUUUCCCGUCAUGCUCGAGUGCAACCACUCGUCGCACACAAACUCACACAGGUGCCUCCGAUGGAAACUUACACAAUGACUUCAAUAAUUCACCUGAUCAACCUGGAAACAGUGGAUAUAAUGUUCAUAGAGAAAGUCCUCACAUAAGUCGAGCAGAUGAAAGCACAGAUGAUGAUGAUGUGAGAAACUUAAGACAUUAUGAUGAUGCUCUAAAUCUUCGUGGACCUCAUGGUGAUGUAAAGUCCUCGAGUUGCGAGGAUGAUUAUCCAUCUUCAUCCACCGUGUGCAGUCCUCCUCGAAGAGACUCCAAGUUAUCAUGGAGGUCGCCAACUGUUCGUCCCAAGAGAAAACAACAUUGUUUGGCGAAUGUGAAUAGUUCUGCAUCGGAGGAAGCAAUGCUGAGUGACACAUCACCACGUUUACGACGUCGGAAUCUCAGUAACGGGGUGAACCAGUUUUCCAACCCACCUGGUGCAGUGACAGGUGGUUCGUCGUGGCUUACACAAAGAUAUCCUUCGAGCCCAAGCAGUGACAGUGGUAGCAGUAGUAGCGUUGAAUCAGUGGGAACUAGUUCAAACGAGAACAAGCGAGUUCAUGAAGUCCCACGUAUCCCGCAAUCCACCCGGUCCCCACCAAGACCUGUUGCUCCAGGAAGUAGCUCUGCUAAUAAUUCGAAGUCAUUGUUCAACUACAGAAAGAACCGUGGAAAGAAUUCGACCUCAGUUCCCGAUCUACCCAACCAACCAUCCGAGGCUGCUGCUCAUUUUUUCUUUGAACUUGCAAAGAAUGUUCUUGUAAAAGCUGGUGGGAACAGCAGUACUUCACUAUUCAUGCAGCAACCACAAGGUAACAAUCAAUCUGGAGUUCAUAGAAACCUGGUAUUGGCAGCAUUUGAGAUUGGAUUAUAUGCUCUUGGCCUUCAUAACUGUGUGUCACCUAACUGGCUCAGUAGGACUUACUCUUCACAUGUGUCUUGGAUCACUGGUCAAGCAAUGGAAAUAGGAAGUGCAGCUCUUCAUAUAUUGGUUGAUUCAUGGGAGGGUCAUCUUACCCCACCUGAAACUGCAUCACUUGCUGAUCGUGCAUCACGAGGUAGAGACAGCACUACUGUUCGUAGAGCAGCUGAACUUGCCCUUAGUGUUCUCCCACACGCUCAUGCUCUCAAUCCGAAUGAAAUACAGCGAGCUUUACUUCAAUGCAGAGAACAGGGAGCUCCCAUGUUAGAAAAGGCUUGUCAUGCAGUUGAACAAGCUGGUAGAGGAGGUGGAGUUUAUCCUGAAGUCUUGUUUGAUGUUGCUAGACAGUGGGAAUGGAUUCAUAGAACUGUGAAUGAAGAAAGUGGAAAUGCUGGGAAUGAGGUUGCUCGUCCAGCCACUGCACCAGUCAGUGUGAACACAACAAUCUCAUCAUCAUCUAAUACAGCACUUCCCGUUGUUACGAUGGCUCCAAGGACAGUUGCACACACUGUAUCUGGUCAAACCAUUCCAGUAUCUGUUAGUGGAGUUGUAUUACCUGGUGGUGGAGUUAUAACUAUACAGGAUCCAAGAAUCCCCCCAAUUUGUCACCCGGCCCCAAUAUUCCAUGGUUUUGCCCCAACCAUUAUGGAUCCACAAAUUAAUGGAGUGUCUACAGGCAUGCCACCUUUACCACACUAUGCAGCAGUGCAUCUACAUCCUGCUCCAGCUAUCAACCUGGUUCCGAUGCCAACUUCAAAUCUUCAUGCUCUUCAAUAUCAUCCAAGUCGAGGUCCAUUCCUCCCAGACCCGCAUCAUCAUCAUCAACUUCAUCAUCAGAGCAAUCCUCAACUUCCACCAAUUCCCGGAAUAAAUCUUCAGAGCUCGCCUAUCUCGACUCAAUUACAAAGUGCUUUCCGUGUUGGAAUGUUGGCACUUGAUCUUCUGACAAAGAGAACGGAAGAUCGUCCAAAUAAUAAAUACGCGAGGAACCCGCCCUAUGCAAGUGAUGUGAAGUGGAUACUAAAGCUCUCAAUCAAAUUAGGAAUGCAGUAUGUGCAGCAGUUCUGUGUAACUGCAGUUGGUGGUGUUUCUUCUCCCUUCGUUCUGCAAGAUAUUGCGCUCGAAACUGCUAAAUAUCUCUCUGAAAAUAAUAACCAGCAGGUGUGUGCUAAUCUUCGUGUACCAUUUCUUCAUCCAAUCCUCAGCAAGUGUUUACAGAUGUAUGUUCAUUUCAUUCACAACCGGUUAUACCACAUACAUCAUACAAGUGAUUAUGAUGACUUUGUGGCACUUGUGCACACUGCACGUGGCGCAUUCUGCAUGUCUCCUGGUGGUCUUCUACAAUUCAAUGAGGUAUUGCAAAGUAUUCGAAGGUCGAAAGCUUGCAAAAAUGAACUGUGGCAAAAGAUUAAUACUGGUCUAUCUCUUUGAUGUCCAAAAAGUGACAUCCAAAUGUGUAUUGUAACAUUCAAACUUAAUGAUAAAGCUGGUAUAUCUUAAUUUGUAUCGCAUUUAGGAAGAUUAUUAGUUUUUACAGCACUCAGGAUGAGGCAUUGUAUUAGUUUUAAUUUUCUAUAUUUAUUGGAUAUGUGAAUCUCAUUGUUGGGUUGCACGUUGAUUUCUUGAAGGUAUUGUAACCUUCUGAUGUAAUCUGGCUACCUUGUAUAAAACAAUGUAGUUUGCAUGUAAUUUUAAAAUGAAAAAAAAAUAUGUGGUUUUACAAAAAGUCUGCAACUAAUUACAUUUUGCUGGCCAUUAUUUGUUGGUUAUAGAUUAUAAUCCAGGAGUUUAUUCAGUUUGUAUUCUUUAAAUGUAACCCAAUUUUCUCUGUUUUGUUUUAUAUGGUUAAAACUAGUAAAAUUUAGCUUUAUUAUUGGUGUCUUAAUGGGUCUUUGCCCAAAGUUAACAAAGGUUUUAUUUUUAUGAUAACUUUUCCAACAGCUAAACAUAUAAAUGGAUUGUUGAUCAUAGAUGAUGCAUUACAUUUACAAUAUUGUAAGGUUGAAAUAUCUCAACAUAUUUUAUAGUGUAUCCAUGUAAAUUUGCAUAUUCUUGUUUUAAGGCAUGUUGUAAUGUAUUGAAACAUGCAAGAUGGUGAAUAGCUACCUCUCUAACUACCUUGAGUAUAUGUGUUUCUUUCACAUUUUAGUUAAAGUUGUAUUUUCCUCCCGAGAUUUUUUUCACUUUACUCUUUGAAUGUUUUUCAAAACUCAAAAGUAUAACUCUUAUGACCAGUUUAGUUUAAAAGUGUGUGUUUGCAGGCUAUAAAAGGGACCUGGUUAUUUUAUAAACUAUCGUAAUUCACCGACAAAUACAGACCAUGUAUUUUCUGAGACAAA